AUGUCCUCUGCUCAUGAUGCCACCACCAAGAUCUCCAUUGACACGUUCGACGGCGACAACUACGCGACGUGGAGCCGCUACAUGCGUGGCGUGUUCCUGACCAAGUCGGCGUGGCACGUGGUGAACCGGGAUACGUCGCUAAUCUACGCGGACGAUCGCGCCAUGGACGACUACGUCAAGGCCAACAACAUUGCUUUCGGACUGAUGCUGCUGCACAUGGACGCAGACUACCAUCACAUCGUCGAUGAAUGUGAAGAGGCGUGGGUCGCGUGGGCGCGUUUGAAGACGCUGUACGGCGGGUCGCAGAAGGCUGGACGCAUCUACUUGAAUCGUCAGCUGUUCAGCAUGGAGAUGGCGGAAGGCGGCACUGUGAUGCAUCAUUGCAACGAAGUCCUCAACAUCAGCGCGAAGCUCAGCAGCAUCGGCGCCAAGAUGGAGGACGAGGACGUGGCGAUCUACUUGUUGCGCAGCCUCCCCAAGAGCUACGAGAACGUCGUUCUCAACUCGGAGAUGAGCAGCGCGGAACUGCGAUCGCGAGACGUCGUGAGAGUGCUCACGAAUGAGCACAUCAAGAGGCAAGGUGACAAGACGACAUCGGUGAAGACUGAAGACGCGGCGAAGGCGUUCAGUGCCGAGCGUGAACCUCGCCAGUGUACAUACUGCGGAAAAUUGGGGCACGCGGCGGAGCGGUGCUGGACCAAGCAGAAGGACGAAAAUCAAGGUGGAGCUCGACGCGGCGGCAACAAUGCUGUGGACGCGGAGCCAACAACGUUCAGUGGCGAACCAACAGCAACUACGACGACAACUACGAUCGAGUUGCUCGACAGCGGUGCGACGCAUCACAUCUGCAACGACAAAGCCAAGUUUGCAAGCUUGAAUGAGCGAGAGGAAGGCGAACUAUCAGUGGCUGAUGGCAGCAAGGCUGCGAUCAAGGGUGUGGGAACCAUCAUGGAACGGGUGGUUCUGCCCAAUGGUGACCAACGCGACAUCGAGAUCAAGGACGCACUGUUCGUACCAAGUAUGAGCAAGAAUCUGCUUUCGGUGCCACAGAUCAACAAGGGUGGCAGGUUCCAAGUCGUGUUCGACGGGUCCAAGAUGCAAGUGAAGCGCAAGAAUUCCACACAAGUCGUGGCAACAGCGGAUCUCGUCGAUGGACUUUACUGGCUGCGGACUCCUCAACGAUCGGCGAAUGCAGCAACACGAAAUGGGACUAUCGACUUGCAUGCGCGCAUGGAUCAUGCACCUCUCGAAGUUCUGCGCAAGAUGGUGGCCACCAGCAUGAUCAAGGACGCCAAGGCACCUCUCAACUCGACUGGUCCAAGUGUGUGUCGCGGUUGCCAGCAAGGAAGGAUGGUCCAAAGACCAUUCCCAACCAACCGUGACAAACGCCAAUAUGGUGUGUUCGAGUUGCUGCACUUCGACAUCUGCGGGCCAAUGGAACAAGUCUCGAUCGGCGGCAGCAGCUACUUUUGUGGUUGA